UCUCGAAACGCGAUUGAUAUUGUCUCGAGCUCACCAGUCGCUGUGAUAAUGUCGUUUUGAACAGUUCGGUGUUUUGACUAUAAAUCUUUCUCUUCGUUGUUUUUUUUCUUUUGAAUACUGGUUACAAAUUUUGUCCAAAAAAAGUUGAACUUAAACAAAAAAAUACCGAUUCAAUUUUAAAACGUUAAAAAGAAAUUUGCGAUUGAAGAAAAUGUCUUCAGACGAAUUAUCGACUAUGUACGGCAAUCCAUUGUCGGAAUUUCUAAUGUUUUUAGUGGAUUUCAUUGUGUUUGUUAGUCGAUCGAUUUAUUUUCUACUCGAAACAUUAAUUCUCACCAUUGUGCCAAAUCGUUAUCGUAAAUUAAAGGAUGUGUCCGGACAAGUAGUGUUGAUAACUGGUGGCGGUGGCGGCGUUGGAGCCCAUUUGGCUCGGAAUUUUGGCAAACUAAACGCAAAAGUUGUCAUUUGGGAUGUUAACAAUGAAGCAAUCAAUAAGACAAUCGAAGAGCUUGAAGCCGAAGGUAUUCCAUGCAAAGGUUAUGUUGUUGACAUAUCAAAACGGGAGAAUGUCUUCGAAGCGGCUAAAACAUUGAAAGAUGAAUUUGGUGGUGUUGACAUUUUAAUUAAUAAUGCAGGCAUCGUAUGCUGUAAACCGCUUUGGGAUCUACCUGAAAAAGUCAUCGAAAACACCUAUUCCGUAAACAUCCUAUCGCAUUACUGGACGACUAAAGCGUUUUUGCCAGAAAUGAUGGAGUCCGGAAAAUCCGGAAAGGGUCAUAUCGUUACUGUUGCAUCGGUUGCUGGUCUUUUGGGUACAUAUGGUUGCACUGACUAUUCGGCAACGAAAUUUGCUUGCGUCGGUUUCCACGAAGCAUUAUUCACAGAGCUCAAGACACAUGGCUAUGAUGACAUUCACAUGACUUUAGUGUGCCCAUAUUAUAUCGCAUCCGGAAUGUUUGCUGGUGUUAAGCCCAGAUUGUUUCCAAUGCUUACUACCAAAUAUGUAGCCGAUCAAAUCACAUUAUCUGUACAAAAGAACGAGGUCAAUUGCACAAUGCCAAAUAGUAUCCGAAUGUUGCUACCAUUAAAAUGUUUGUUGCCCGCUAAGAUGUGCUGGGAUCUCAUGAUUCAUGUUAUCAAAGGACCACAAUCGAUGAUGAUGUAUAAAGGGCGCGGCCGUGUUGCUGCUGGUUAAUUACGAUUAAGAAAUUCAUAGAGUUUAAAAUGCCUAGUGUUUAAAUAAGAUAAAAAAAACAACAACACAAGUGUCACUUUUGGCAUGUGCAUGUGUUACUUUAUUUCAAUCGACUAGAGAGAUAAAUUUGAGGUUUUGACAUUCGUUACUCUGAUAAAAAAUACUCGUGCGAUUUUAUUUUUGCGCAGUCUUUGUCUGUUAUCGUUGUUUAUUUUCUUUGCAAAUA